CUGCCCGCCUGCUCCUACCCAAGCCCCAGCCCCAGCUCGGCUCCAGUGGGGAUCCGCCGCCCGCACACCCAGCGCUGCAGCCGCCCCAGCUCCGCAGACAGUGGUCUGCGCCCGCGCCCUUGGAACGCGCCCCCAGCGCCCGGGAUCCUUCCAGCGGCCUCGCGUGCCGCUUGCGCCCCGGGAUCGGUCCGGCGGCCGCAGCUGCCUCCUUGGAGCGCCCGCCUGCGCGCCCGGCUCUCCGCUCCCCGGCGCUCUCGGGGGGCCCGCCCGCCCUGCACCCUGGAGCACCGGGCCACGAGCCUCUGCCAGCUCCUCUGGAUCCUCGCGGCCGUGAGCAGCGGCUGCCACGCCUGUCCGCCCGGAGCAGAACCCUCCUUGCUGCAUUUGCGCAGUAACUCUGGCUGUGCCACCCAGCCCUUGGGUAAGACGGGCGCCCCGGGAACAUGGCAGACGAAGACCUCAUCUUCCGCCUGGAAGGCGUGGGUGGCGACCCGACCUCCCGGGCUGGGGAUUCAGACGCCGACAGUGACGAGGAAGAGGGUUACUUCAUCUGCCCCAUCACCGACGACCCCGGGACACACCAGAAUGUCAGUUCCAAGGUUCAUAACUACUACAGCAACCUAACAAAAAGUGAGCGCUACGGCUCCAGCGGGUCCCCGGCCAGCUCCUUCCACUUCAAGGAAGCCUGGAAGCAUGCCAUCGAGAAGGCCAAGCACAUGCCUGACCCCUGGGCUGAGUUCCACCUGGAGGACAUUGCCACAGAAUGUGCCACGCGUCACAGGUAUAACGCCGUCACAGGGGAGUGGCUGGAAGAUGAAGUCCUGAUCAAGAUGGCAUCUCAGCCCUUCGGCCGGGGAGCAAUGAGAGAGUGCUUCAGAACGAAGAAGCUCUCCAACUUCCUGCACACCCAGCACUGGAAGGGGGCUUCCAACUACGUGGCAAAGCGCUACAUCGAGUCCGUGGACAGGGACGUGUACUUUGAGGAUGUGCGUCUACAGAUGGAGGCCAAGCUCUGGGGAGAGGAGUAUAAUCGGCACAAGCCCCCCAAGCAGGUGGACAUCAUGCAGAUGUGUGUCAUAGAGCUGAAGGAGAGACCAGGCCAGCCCCUCUUCCACCUGGAGCAUUAUAUUGAGGGCAAAUACAUCAAAUACAACUCCAACUCGGGCUUCGUCCGCGAUGACAACGUGCGCCUGACGCCGCAGGCCUUCAGCCACUUCACCUUUGAGCGUUCUGGCCAUCAGCUGAUUGUGGUGGACAUCCAGGGUGUGGGCGACCUCUACACCGACCCACAGAUCCACACCGAGAGGGGCACUGACUUUGGAGAUGGCAACCUAGGUGUCCGUGGGAUGGCUCUCUUCUUCCACUCUCAUGCCUGCAACCGGAUUUGCAAGAGUAUGGGCCUCGCUCCCUUCGACCUCUCCCCGAGAGAGAGGGACGCAGUGAAUCAGAACACCAAGCUGCUGCAAUCAGCCAAGACCAUCUUGAGGGGGACAGAGGAGAAGUGUGGGAGCCCCCGGGUGAGGACCCUCUCUGGGAGCCGGCCCCCCCUGCUCCUUCGCCUCUCAGAGAAUUCUGGCGACGAGAACAUGAGUGAUGUGACCUUCGACUCUCUCCCUUCCUCGCCAUCUUCAGCCACGCCACACAGCCAGAAGCUGGACCACCUCCAUUGGCCUGUGUUCAGCGACCUGGAUAAUGUGGCACCUCGAGACCCUGACCAUCUGGACAACCACCGGGACUCUGAGAACAGUGGGGACAGCGGAUACCCCAGUGAGAAGCGGGGUGAACUGGAUGACCCAUAUCCCCAGGAACAUGGCCACUCGAAUGGUAACCGGAAGUAUGAGUCGGAUGAAGACAGCCUGGGCAGCGUCGGACGGGUCUGCGUGGAGAAGUGGAACCUCUUCAACGCCUCCCGCCUCCACCUGCCCAGGCCUUCGGCUGUGGCCCUCGAAGUGCAGAGGCUCAACGCUCUGGACUUUGAGAAGAAAAUCGGGAAGUCCAUUUUGGGAAAGGUCCACCUGGCCAUGGUGCGCUACCACGAGGGUGGGCGCUUCUGCGAGAAGGACGAGGAGUGGGACCGGGAAUCGGCCGUCUUCCACCUGGAGCACGCGGCCAACCUGGGCGAGCUGGAGGCCAUCGUGGGCCUGGGACUCAUGUACUCACAGCUGCCUCACCACAUCCUGGCCGACGUCUCUCUGGAGGAGACAGAAGAGAAUAAAACCAAAGGAUUUGAUUACUUACUGAAGGCAGCGGAAGCUGGUGACAGACAGUCCAUGAUUCUGGUGGCCCGAGCUUUUGACACCGGCCAGAACCUCAGCCCAGACAGGUCCCCAAACUGGCCAGAGGCUCUGCACUGGUACAACACUGCCCUGGAGACAACAGACUGUGAUGAAGGCGGCGAGUAUGAUGGGAUGCAAGAUGAGCCCCGGUACACGCUACUGGCCAGAGAGGCGGAGAUGCUGUUCACUGGCGGCUACGGGCUGGAGAAGGACCCACAGAGAUCAGGUGACUUGUAUACUCAGGCGGCAGAGGCAGCAAUGGAAGCCAUGAAAGGCCGGCUGGCCAACCAGUACUAUGAGAAGGCUGAGGAGGCCUGGGCCCAGAUGGAGGAAUAACGCUGGGAACAUCACUGCCAGCCAGUCCCAAGCAGAGGGCUAGGAGGGGGGGGGAAAGACCUCUUUGCUCAUUAGGAGGUAGGGGGUGGGGGUGGAAUGGGCAUAUAUUUUUAGCACCUUGUAAAUCAACUUUUGUAUUUUAUUUUUUGACUCUUGAAAAUAUCUUUACUACCAGCGGAGACACUGCAGCUGUCCCCUAGGGCCGCAUUUUGGGGGCAUAGGAUAAAAAAAAAAAAAGCAGCCUAAUGAACCAACAUAUCUUUUUGAGGUU